AUGUCGCCGGGACGUCUUCGUGAUUGCUUGGUAGGUGCUCAAGAAGUUACACAACUAAUUGCGAUGAGUUCGAGCGUAUGCUACAAGUGUAAUAGGACCGGCCAUUUCGCCCGCGAGUGCACGCAGGGCGGCGUGCCGUCCCGCGACGCCGGGUUCAACCGGCAACGCGAGAAGUGCUUCAAGUGUAACCGCACCGGGCACUUCGCGCGCGACUGCAAGGAGGAAGCCGACCGUUGCUACAGAUGUAAUGGGACGGGCCACAUAGCGCGCGAGUGCGCGCAGAGCCCCGACGAGCCGUCGUGCUACAACUGCAACAAGACGGGCCACAUCGCGCGCAACUGCCCGGAGGGCGGCCGCGACAGCUCCGGCCAGACGUGCUACACGUGCAACAAGGCCGGCCACAUCUCGCGCAACUGCCCUGACGGCACUAAGACGUGCUACGUGUGCGGCAAGCCGGGCCACAUCUCGCGCGACUGCGACGACUCCGAGCGCAACUAA